UCUCAUUUACAUUCUUUCCUGUCAUUCAUUCAACCUGUUCAAGGAAGUUAAAAUUAAAAUUAAAAAUUAAAAUAAAAUAAAAUUAAAAGACCCGCUCAUGGCUUCAACAUUAAAUGCUCAAGAUACACACGAGGUCAAAGAUGAAUACUCGCCCGAGCCCAUCUUUAAAUCCUUCAAAUCGAGUGAAUUACCUCCACAGAUCUCCAAUAGCCCCCCACAUGUAAUCAUUUCUGGUGGGGGUCUUGCAGGCUUAUUCUUGGCAAACAUCCUAGAAAAGGCAAACAUCCCAUACCAGAUUUUCGAGCGUGCAAAAGAGGUUGUACCUCUUGGCUCUGUCAUGAGUUUGACAGCGAAUAUCCUUCCUGCCUUCGAGCAGCUGGGAUUAUAUGAGGAUCUUCGCAAAAUCUCGUUUACAUGUUCCAUGACCAGGAUUUUCUCACACGACAUGAAGAAGAUUGGAGAGUAUAGUUGUGAAGAAGAUAACAAAAUCGUUGGUUAUGAGAGCGCACUUUUCCCUCGCCCCGAACUCUACAAGUUGCUGUAUGAUCGCAUUCCUCCUCACAAGAUCCAAAUGGGCAAAAAAGUCAUGAGUUUUUUACAGAACCAAGAAGGUGUCAUGGUGCGUCUCAAAGAUGGAACAUGCGUUCAUGGUGACAUCUUAGUAGGAGCAGAUGGAGCCUAUAGCGCGGUUCGCCAGAAUUUGUUCAAAGAGCUUUCUGAACAAAAGAAAUUGCCGUCUUCAGAUGAGCGUGAGAUAUCAAAGGGUUAUAUCUGUCUAGUAGGCACGACUAAUGCGCUCGAUCCAUCUAAAUACCCUGGUUUGGGAGGACCGACGUGUGACAGUAACUUAAUGGUUGGCGACAAGUCAACGCCAUAUGCAUGGAGUGUCAUUCAAGUGCCUGGGAACAGAAUAUGCUGGGGUGCUGUCUUGCAACUAACUGCCGAUGCAUCAGCGGAUGAGCAGUUUCGGAAUUCCGAGUGGACCUCUGCACACAAUAAAAAAAUGAUCGAGAGGGUAUAUCACUUCAAGACUCCAUAUGGUAUCCUUGGCGACUUGAUCGAUGCUACACCAAAGGACCUAAUCAGCAGAGUCUUCCUUGAAGAUAUCCUAUAUGAAACUUGGCACCAUGGUCGGACAGUGUUGAUUGGCGAUGCUGCACACAAGAUGCUUCCAAGUGCUGGCCAAGGUGCUAUAAAUGCAAUGCAAGACGCUGUAGUUUUAGCAAACUGCCUUUAUGACCUUAAACCUUUAUCUUUUGGAAGAAUUCAAAAAGCAUUCAAAAGUUAUCAUGCGCAACGGUAUCAUCAUGUAAAGACACAAUACGAAGCAAGUCAAAUUGCAGCUAAACUGCAAUAUGGUCAUACGAUGUUCGAAAGGCUGUUUCGACAUGUCGUCUUCCAUUAUCUACCCAAGUCAGUACAAAAGAGUCGAGUAGUCAAGGAUUCUCAAUAUCGUCCACAGAUUGCGUUCCUUCCACCUCCUCUUAAACAUGAAAUAAGCCCUGUAAAUUCACAAAAGCCUUCAAGGAAACACAAAGAGGAGGAGCAAGCAGUCCCUUCAUAAGUAUCAUAUCGUCUCUAUAGUGAUAAUAAAAUAUCAAGAAGCC